AUGAACCUGACUACAGGAGAUCAAGAUUCUCAUGACCUGACUUUCUUGUGGGAGAAUCAGUCAUGGGAACCCUCCAAUUCUGAUGAGUCAGGUGAAAGCAAAGAGAACAUGACGCCACUGAACGAGUCAAAAGAAAGAAAUGAAGGAGAUCAAGCUGUGGUAAAAAAGAAGCGAAGCCGAAGAAUUACUAGUGAAAAUGAGAACAUUGCAAGUGGUGAAGGGAAACAUGGAAAGGGUCGUGAAUCUGAUCAUGAAAUGCAUAUAUGGACUGAGAGAGAAAGGAGGAAGAAAAUGAGGAACAUGUUCGCUAGUCUUCAUGCUUUGCUUCCGCAGCUUCCUUCCAAGGCGGAUAAAUCAACCAUUGUGGAUGAAGCAGUGAACUACAUAAGAAGUCUACAGAAAAACCUCCAACAGCUAGAAAAACAGAAGCAAGAGAGGCUUCAACGUGUCUCCACUUUUGCUUGCGAGUCAUCUAUUGUCAACUCGCAAUGGCAACCCUAUGACUUAAGGGAUGCAAUAAUCACUGAUCAAGGCUCUUAUAAUAACUUUUCCAAUGCAAUUACAAUGGGAACUUCAUCAAGUGCACCUUCAACCUCUCAGCAACAGAUAGCACCUUUCGAUAGGUGGACUACUGCAAAUGUUGCCUUGAACAUUUGUGGAGGUGAUGCACAAUUCUCCAUCUACGCCCCCAAGAAGCCAAACCUCUUGACCACCAUCGCUUAUGUGCUGGACAAGUACAAUAUUGAGGUCAUGUCUGCAAAUAUUUUGAGCAAUAGGAGUGAAAAUUCAUGCAUGGUUCUAGCUCAAGCCAAACGAGCUCCAUCUCAGUUCCCAGAUGCAAUUUCAGCGAAGGAAGCUUUCAAGCAAGCAGCAGGAGAGAUUACGCUAUUUAUUUCUUAA